AUGACUGAAGCAGGUGACACGGUCCAUCACUCUGGGGAGGACAUUUGCGCCUCAGUCCAGGCUGCUGCCACCUUGUGGUCGGGGGGAAUUUGGGCAACAGGUGGUGCAAUCAAUCCGGAGAAGUCCUUCUGGUGGCUUAUUGACUUUGAAUGGGAUGCUCGCAAUGGUCAGUGGAGAUUCUGUAGGAAAUGCUCCGCGGCACCGGAAUUCGACCUUAAGAUACCGGGGUUAUACGGUGACAUUGAACCCCUUCGUCGCCUUGAACCAGAUGAUUCCGAACGUACUCUGGGGGUGAUGUUGUCGCCACUGGAAAAUCACAAAGCACAGGAGGCACAGUUGGUCUCUAAAGCUAAAGAGUGGGCCGAACAGCUUUGGCCUCACCUGCUACACAAGUACGACGUGUUACCACUAAUCCGGACCACAAUCAUGAAGGAGCUUGAAUAUCCUAUGGCACUCACUACCCUCAACGCUCAACAAUGGCAGGACAUUAUGUCACCGGUUCUCCAGGUGUGCUUACCUAAGUCAGGUGUUUGCCGCAACUUUCCCCGUUCGGUGGUCUUUGCCCUGGUGGAUUAUCAAGGCCUUGGUGUUCCUCAUCCCUUUGGCAAGCAAGUGUACAAACACUUGGAGAUGAUCCUGCGCCAUAUGUCGGGGGGUACAAAGACUGGAGCCUACAUGGACUCCAAUCUCCAGGCUCACCAACUGGAAUCUGGUACCUCCUUUGGUCUUCUACAGCAAGAUUACCAGAAUACAUCCAUUCUGGCUUCUGAUACCUGGCUUAAACGGGUAUGGAAGGAACUUGAAUCUCUGGAUAUGUACAUGGCCUUUGACUCUCCGGCCCUAUCUUUAAGGUGUCAUCAUGACGCCCUCCUGAUUGACUUGUUCAUGGAUCUUGAGGUUGAUCAGGACGACCUUCUCUGGCUUAACUGGUGCCGGAUGUUCCUGCAAGUUGCCACAGUAUCAGAUAUCACCACGGCUGAUGGCCGCUAUAUCCGGCAAUGCAUCUGGAACGGUUUUCGCGACGAUACUUAUCGGACUCCAUAUAACUGGCCUCGAACG